AUGCAAAGAUUGGUUGAUGGUUGUUUGACCAACAACAAAUUUAGAAGACACCAACAACAAAGUAAUAAUAAUAAUAAUAAUGUUGUUGUUAAAGUUGGUUGGUUACUUUAUUAUAGUUGGUUAGAUAGUUUAGUUUGUUGUACAUUAUUAGCCAAAGAAGACGCAGCACAACAACAAUUGUAUAAAGAUGCAUUCAACCUAUUUGACAAGGAUGGUGAUGGAAAGAUUAGUACCUCUGAAUUGGGGACUGUCAUGAGAUCGGUAGGAUCCAAUCCAACACAAGCAGAGCUCAAAGAUAUGAUUAAAGAGGUUGACGACGGCAGUGGUUUUGUCGGCUAUCAACAGUUUGUACAAUUGAUGGGUAGAAAGACACAAUUCUCAGACUCUGAAGCUGAUAUUAAAUUGGCAUUCAAAGUGUUUGACAAGAAAGGAAAUGGUUAUGCCAAUGUACAAGAUUUAAAGCAUACUUUGACGAGUAUCGGUGAAAAGUUAACAAAGGAAGAGUUUGAUAAUAUGGUAAAGGAUGCAAAGAUUGUUGAUGGUCAAAUACAUGUUGAUGAAUUUAUUAGAAUCGUUAAGUCAUCUAAAACCUUUAUGCAAUAA